CCCAAGGAGACUAUAUUCUCGCUUAAUUUGCACCAAAACCAGAUACUCAAACACAACGAGAAACCCCCCAACCCAAAUGGAAGCUCCCGAGCCUUCCAAUUCUCGCAAGUAUGGCGUCCCUUUCUACGCAGCCGCUUGGGUGCCUUCCAUUUCUCUCAAAUCCGAGCAAGAAUCUCUAGAAUCUGAAAUUGAUCGAGAUCAAUCCGGUGACGGUGAUGGUGACGUUUCCGCCGACGACAAAACACUUCCAUCUCAUCCCACCACCGCAGUUAAUUACUACGUAGCUGCCGCUGGCGGUGGCGGAGAAGGUCGGAGUGGAAUUUCCAAUGCUCUCAUACUAGCUCAUUUCGAUUUUGAAUCCCGCUCGCUCUCUGAUCAACCUGUUGCAAAAUAUGGAACUGGUUCUGAUUUGCCUUACAGAAUGGCUGUUCAUCCAGCUGGAGAUGGAAUUAUUUGUUCUUUUCCAAAAAGUUGCAGCUUGUUUAAAUUGGAUAUCAAAAAGGACGAUGGAGACCAGAAACUUGGCCUAAAACUCUCUCAGAAGGUGCUCAGCCAGUUGGAUGAUGUUGGACUGCAGUUAGCCUUGAAAUUUAACAACGAGGGCUCAUUGCUUGCCACUGGUGGUGAGGAUGGAAAUUUAAGGGUCUUCAAGUGGCCUAGCUUGGACAUUAUUCUCAAUGAACCCAAUGCCCAUUCUACUGUGAAGGACUUGGAUUUCAGUCCUGAUGGCAAGUAUCUGGUCUCUUUAGGUGGCCCUUGUAGAGUGUGGGAUGUGACUUCAUCAACUGUAGUAACUGCUCUUCCAAAAGGAAAUGAUGAGGUUUUUGUCUCAUGCAGAUUUUCUUUGGCCAACAACGGGAAUAUGGUUUUAUACACUGCUACAGUGACUGGCAAAGGUGGAGCCAUUGUAACCUGGGAUGCAACCACUUGGAGGAGGGUAGCCUCAAAGCUCAUAACUCGUGAUAAUAUUACUGCAUUCAAUGUUUCAGCUAAUGGGAAGCUCCUUGCCUGUGGUACAACUCAGGGAGAUGUUCUGAUCAUAAAUUCAACCAGCAUGCGAGUCCAAAAGAUAGUUAAGAAGGCACACAUUGGUUUUGUAACUGCAAUGAGCUUUUUCCAUGAUUCAAGGGCUUUGGUUUCUGCGUCAAUGGACUCCAGUGUUAGGGUUACUUUAAUUGAGGAGGAGCAGAAAAACGGAAUGAACUUGUGGGUCAUCAUAUUCAUUUUGUUAAUUGCCGUUGCUGCAUAUUUAAUCAAGAAUGGUAAAUUUGACAAGUUUGAGCUUCCCACCUUUUCCAGUGGUUAAAUGAAGGUGGAAUGUUGUGGAACUCAAGGCCUAUCAAUUUUAAUUGGAACUGUUUUGACUCCCCCAUAGCAUAUUUGUUAUAUUCAAAUUCAAAUAAGCAGUGUCCUAGUUCUAUGAUCAUAUAUGUAAAAUUUCCACAGUUUUGUUAAUGUUCAAAAUUGAACUUUUCUUAAUCUACCCUCUUA